AUGCCUUCCUCGGUGACCUUUUCCGCUUCCACAGCGACCACCAAGGCUUCGGCCCAGUCCAUCUACACCCGACCCCAGAAGAAGCAGAAGAUGAGCAUCACGCAGACCUACUUCCUCGCUCACAGCGCCCGCGGCAAGCUCUCCAAGGAGGCUGCCCGACCGGACCACGACCUCCGCCUGUUGGUGGGACACGCCAACAUGCUCGACUCGCUGAUGCUCGACCUGGCAACCGCCGAGCAGGAACAGGAGCGGUGGUUCAACAGCAUCGUCAACGGAUCGCAGGAGGAGGAAGGAGAGAAGAGUUCUCGACACGUCGAGACGAUUGUGGAGGAGCCCGAGCACGACUGGGAGGCUGAGGAUGCCACCAGCUCCGACGACGACGACGACGAGUCCGAGGAUGAGGAGAAGCCCAACACCAAGGUCACCGCCAUCGAAGUCGACUCGGACAUGUCGGAAGAUGACGACGAGGAGAGCGGUGACUUGGCUCUCGUCCGAACGGCCUCGCGACACUCUCCCCCCGAACUCAGCCUCGACACGGAUUCCGACUCGGACGACGAACACAUGCCUCCCUCACCGCCCACCAUGACCAUCGAGGUGCUGAGCGAGAAGCAAAGACAGGCCAUCGCCACGACGUCGUACUACGACGUCAAGGACAACGCCUCCUUAUCACAGGAAGAGUCGGAAGCCUUUGAGCAAGAAGGCUUCUACCUCCCUUCAAGGCAACAGCCGACCAUAAUCGCUGCCUACUAG